AAGGGGCCUGUCUUUCUUCCUCAUCAAGACGGUGCUGCAUGCACUGAUCGCCCGGCUUUUGUUUCAGGAGCUGUAGACGCAUUCAAGUUUCCCUCAAGUCACCUUUCAAAAUGCAACGCGUUUGGGUGAUAGGCCUGCUAUGCGCGGUGUUGGCAUUUGCGGCCGUGAAAGCGGAGGAUGAGCUGGACAUCGAUGGGGCCGUCGAUGAGGACCUAGGGAAAAGUCGAGAUGGUUCCAAAACGGAUGAUGAAGUCGUUCAGAGGGAGGAAGAAGCCAUCCAGUUGGACGGCUUGAACGCUGCACAGAUCAAGGAAAUCCGGGAGAAAUCGGAGAAGCACGUCUUCCAGGCCGAGGUCAACCGGAUGAUGAAGCUCAUCAUCAACUCCCUGUACAAGAACAAGGAGAUCUUCCUCAGAGAGCUGAUCUCCAAUGCCUCGGACGCGCUGGACAAGAUCCGCCUGAUGUCUCUGACCAGCGACGAGGCCAUGGCUACCAACGAGGAGCUCACCAUUAAGAUCAAGUCGGACAAGGAGAGGAACAUGCUCCACAUCACCGACACCGGCAUCGGCAUGACGAAGGACGACCUGGUGAAGAACCUGGGCACCAUCGCCAAGUCGGGCACCAGCGAGUUCCUCAACCAGAUGAACGAGGCGCAGGUGGCGGACCAGUCCACCAACGAGCUGAUUGGCCAGUUCGGCGUGGGCUUCUACUCGGCCUUCCUGGUGGCCGACAAGGUCAUCGUGACGACCAAGCACAACAACGGCACCCAGCACAUCUGGGAGUCAGACUCCAACGAGUUCUCGGUCAUCGAGGACCCCCGCGGAGACACCCUGGGGAGGGGUUCCACCGUCACACUGGUCCUAAAGGAGGAGGCUUCAGACUACCUGGAGCUGGAGACCAUCAAGAACCUCGUGAAGAAGUACUCCCAGUUCAUCAACUUCCCCAUCUACGUGUGGGCCAGCAAGACUGAAACCACGGAGGAGCCGAUCGAGGAAGACGCAGAGGAGGCGGAGAAGGACGCCAGCGAGGAUGAGGUGGAGGUGGAGGAAGAGGAGGAGGACAAGGAGAAGCCCAAGACCAAGAAGGUGGAGAAGACCGUGUGGGACUGGGAGCUGAUGAACGACAUCAAGCCCAUCUGGCAGAGGCAAGCCAAGGAGGUGGAGGAGGAGGAGUACAAGGCCUUCUACAAGACCUUCUCCAAGGACACGGACGAGCCCCUGUCCCACAUCCACUUCACCGCCGAGGGCGAGGUCACCUUCAAGUCCAUCCUCUUUGUUCCCGCCUCCGCCCCCCGGGGGAUGUUCGAUGAGUACGGCUCAAAGAAGAACGACUACAUCAAGCUGUUUGUCAGAAGGGUCUUCAUCACAGAUGACUUCAACGACAUGAUGCCCAAAUACCUCAACUUUGUCAAGGGAGUGGUGGACUCUGAUGACCUCCCCCUCAAUGUGUCCAGAGAGACCCUGCAGCAGCACAAACUCCUUAAGGUCAUCCGCAAGAAGCUGGUGCGCAAGACCCUGGACAUGAUCAAGAAGAUCGCCGAGGAGCACUACAACGACAAGUUCUGGAAGGAGUUCGGCACCAACAUCAAGCUGGGCGUGAUCGAGGACCACUCCAACCGCACCCGGCUGGCCAAGCUGCUGCGCUUCUUCACCUCCCACAGCGACACUGAGGUGUCCAGCCUGGAGCAAUACGUGGAGCGCAUGAAGGAGAAGCAGGACAAGAUCUACUUCAUGGCCGGCACCAACCGGAAGGAGUCUGAGUCCUCCCCCUUCGUCGAGAGGCUGCUGAAGAAGGGGUACGAGGUGGUGUACCUGACGGAGCCCGUCGACGAGUACUGCAUCCAGGCGCUGCCCGAGUUCGACGGCAAGCGCUUCCAGAACGUGGCCAAGGAGGGCAUCAAGUUCGACGAGAGCGAGAAGGCCAAGGGCAAGAGGGAGGAGCUGGAGAAGGACUUUGAGCCACUCACCACCUGGCUGAAGGAGAAGUCCCUGAAGGACAAGAUUGAGAAGGCCAUCAUAUCCCAGAGGCUGACCAGCUCUCCCUGCGCGUUGGUCGCCAGCCAAUAUGGCUGGUCCGGAAACAUGGAGAGGAUCAUGAAGGCACAGGCUUACCAAACAGGAAAAGACAUUUCCACCAAUUACUAUGCGAGUCAGAAGAAAACCCUGGAGAUCAAUCCCAAGCACCCUCUGAUCAAGCAGAUGCUGAAGAAAGUCCACGAGAACGCCGACGACCAGACGGCGUCCGACCUGGCCGUGGUGCUCUUCGAGACCGCCACUCUGCGCUCCGGCUACCAGCUGGCCGACACCAAGGCCUACGGAGACCGCAUCGAGCGCAUGCUGAGGCUGAGCAUGAACGUGGACCUCGAUGAACAGAUUGAAGAAGAGCCAGAGGAAGAGCCCGAGGAGGCUGUAGAGGCAGAGGAAGAGGAGGACGAAAUCGCAGAUGACGAUGACGAUUCGGCAACAACAGAAAAGGAUGAACUUUGAAGCACUGAAUGAUUGUGGAGGUAGUAGUGGGCUAUACCUUGAGCUAGGUCAACAUCACCAUGGCCAGACAUUUCUCUAGGCGUGGUCCCUGGAUUGGGGUUUUAUAAAAAAUGUGCAUUGGUUUCGUUUUGUUUUUUCUUUUUUUUACAUUCCUCAUGACUGUAAAUUUGUUAAUAUUUAACUGCCCAGUUUAUGGAAAGAUGUGAUCCAGUCUCUUGAUCAAAUAAAUGUUUCCUGGAGAAAAACCUCAAUGUGA